GUAAGGGAGACUCUGAGCCCAGUCGCGCAGACACCGGCGACUGGCGAGGGGGUCCCAGGGAUGGCCCAAGUGACCGCGGCGGCUUUGGCGACCGUGACCGUGGCGACCGCUUCGGCGACAGAGACAGAGGUGGCAAGGGCAGGGGUGAUGGAGAACCCAGCCGCGCAGACGCAGGAGACUGGCGAUCGGGCGGUGGCCGGCAGGAUGGCCCCAGGGACAGAGACAGAGAUGGAGGAGGUGGCGGCUUCCGCAGGGAAAACAGAGAUGACAACACUCAGGCGAGCAAAGACGAUGACUGGCGAGGAGGGGGUGGUCGUAGAGGAGGGCCGGAGAGGUCAUCAGCGCCGUCGGCCCCGGUUCAGAUGCCAGGUCAAGGAAAGUAUGUGCCGCCUGCUCUCAGGAGACAGAUGGAGGAACAGGCAAAGAUGGACGGGGAGAAGAAGCGCGACGAUGAUGAUCGCUUUGCACGGCAAAGGGAGCAAAGGGACAACGACAGGGACAACGCCAGGCGAAUGGAGGAGGACAAGGAGAGGCGAAAAGAAGAAUUUAGAAGCAAGCAGAAGGAGCAGGAGGACAAAAGAAGAGUCGAGGAUGAGCGCAGGCAGCGGGAAGAGGAUGCGAAGAUGGAGAAGAAGCGCGCCGAAGAGAACAAGAAGGCCGAAGCUGAAAAGCAAAGGAGGCUGGAGCUAAAGGCAGCCAAGGAGGCUGAGGCACGGGAGAAGCGAGAGGCUAUCAAGAGUGCCAGCCAAGCCCAGAAGAAGGCUUCCACCGGCUCUUCCAAAAAGCAGGACCACGAUCCAGCAAAAGUCGCCGGCUUUACGGACACCUGCGAAGGGGUUCUGAAGGAGGACGGCAGUGUGGAGAAGCUAGUGGAGGAGGUGGACGAACUCCUCACAGACAACGAGCUUUGCACGGUGCACCCCAUGGCACAGCUCCUAGACCUCCUCCUGCGCGAGAGCCGCGGAAAGGAGGAUGACGAUGUUUUCGCCAUCGUGCAGAACUGGGCUCCUAUGUUGAACUGCCUCAUCGAAAAGUCCUGUGUCAGACGGUUCAAGGUCAAGGUCUUGAUCGAGUGUCAGAGAGCAGCCCACAAGAUGGGAUUGCCAAGGCUGUCCCCUGCUACAGCUCUUCUAGAGGCUUUCUUCGACGGCCUGUAUCGCGCUGAGGUCAUCGAGGAAGACUACUUCGACAUGUGGGCCAUGGGUGACGAUGACACUCCCGGCAAGACCAACGCCAUGUUCCAGGUCAACGUAUUCCUGGACUGGCUCCGUGGGACCCUACGGGAAGACAAGGAAGAAGACAUGGAGGAGGGCGAGGGCGAAGAGGAGGAGUCAGGGGAGGAGGACGAGGAAGAGGAUGAAGAUGCUUGGGGGUGA